CUCUGCCAGACAGAUAGAGAAUUUACCCGAAAUAAAGCUUUAUCUUGGGACUUAUUUUAUUUUUAAAAGUUUAAUUCAAGCAUAUAGUUAACUUAAUUGAACCCGAAUGAACAUGCUUCCGUCUACCGAGUCUUUACUAAAGUAUGAAAACCCAGAGCUGGUGAGCAAAACCACCGAGAAGAUAUCACCAAAGGCUCAACCUCUGAAGGAUACUCCUCAGCAGCCUGCCAUCUCUGGUCCAGUUCUACCACCACCCAAAACCAAAAGCCCUUCAUAUGAUGCCAUUAAACAGCAAACAGAAGAGAUUCUUAAUGCUAUCCUACCACCAAGGGAAUGGAUGGAGAAUAAUCAGCUGUUUGUACAGCGAGUGUCCAGCACGCCAUGUACACGGACAGAUGUCAUUCAUCUGCAAGAGGAACUGGAUCUCAAACUGCAGCAGAGACAGGCCAGAGAUACGGGCAUCUGCCCCGUCCGCAGAGAGCUCUACACACAGUGCUUUGAUGAACUAAUCAGACAAAUUACCAUCAACUGUGCUGAGAGAGGAGUGUUGCUUUUACGAGUGAGAGAUGAAAUUCGCAUGACUAUCGAUGCCUAUCAGACUUUAUACGAGAGCAGUGUGGCUUUUGGCAUGAGGAAAGCUUUGCAGUCUGAGCAAGGGAAGUCUGACAUGGAGAAGAAGAUUGCAGACUUGGAGAAUGAGAAGACCGAAUUGGAAAGACAGGUGAACGAGCUGAAGGCAAAAUGUGAGGUAAUUGAGAAACAAGAAAGUGAACGGCGACAAGUCGAAGAGAAGAAGCACACAGAGGAGAUUCAGUUUCUAAAGCGCACCAACCAGCAACUCAAGACCCAAUUGGAUGCCAUCGUUGCCCCGAGGAAAUAAAGGUGUCACGCUUCGGAUUAUUUAUAAACAAAAUCUUUCAAUUUUAUGAUGUUUUUCCAAGUCCACUUUAUUUAGGAAAUCUCCUGUAAUGGAGAUUUUCAAAUAAAAUAUGGUGCACUGGACCACACUGUUAUGUGGUUGGAUUGUAUAUUGAAUAAAGUGCAUUUGAGAUGUUCUGA